AUCUGUUUCAUCAUCAAUUCUAGAAUGUUUUCAGGAAACUGCAUCUCACUGGCCUGUCUCCUGUGUCCAGAAUCCAUCUCUUAAAACUCAGAUUUUUGGCAUUUUUGGUCUUCUCUCCCCUCUUUUCAUUUCAGAAGAUUAUUUUUUCGAGUUAUGAGUGGCCACAAAGCUAAAUGACAGAGGGAGUAAUCAUGCUGCCAGAGCAGGGAGGCUUGGGAAGGAGUGAGGACAGCUAAGAGCAUCCCUCAGUGAGGGACAUGCCUCCCUGGCCUACUGGUUGCAGACAGAAGGUGAGAGACACAUAUAUCAAGAACAGCAGCCUACUCCAUCUCAGCGCAGAACAGCAGACCCCAGCCACCCAAAAGACACCUGCUCACAAACCAGACGGCAAGGUCAAGAGGACCAGCACAGUAAGAUGUGGAAGAGAAUUGACCAUCAGCCCAAGAUCAAAGCAGUGGCUGGGCCUCAGGCAGGCCAGUUCAAAGAACUGGGUGCAGCGCGGGAACCUGCCAUGCCACACCCUCUGGAGCUGUCAGAAUUCCAGAGCUUCCCUGUGUUUGAGGACAUUAGCCAUCACAUCAAAGAGGUGGGGGCCCAACUGGUAAAGAAAGUCAAUGCCAUCUUUCAGCUGGACAUCACCAAAGAUGGGAAGACCAUUCUGCAGUGGACCAUUGAUCUGAAGAAUGGUUCUGGGGACAUGUAUCCAGGAUCCGCCAGGCUCCCAGCUGACACUGUCUUCACAAUCCCGGAACCUGUCUUUAUGGAGUUGGUUUUGGGCAAAGUGAACCCUCAGAAAGCUUUCCUUGCUGGCAAGUUCAAAGUGAGUGGCAAAGUUCUGCUUGGCCAGAGGCUCGAGAGAGUUUUCAAAGACUGGGCUAAAUUUUAAGCAUGUAAAAUACCAAAGAAAUGAUCAGAACUUCUCUCCGGUUAUAAUGUUGAGCGGAAAUCAUGCUUAAACUGAAGAUUAAAACAAAAAAUAUCCAAUAUUUUUACUCAAAUUCUUCCUGUUCAAGUUUGAUUAAUUUUCCUGCUGAUGAGUUAAUUUUCAGUGAGGGUUCUAGAGCAGUAAAGAGUGUUGGAGUGUCUCA